AGUAGUAGUAGCAGUAGCAGUAGCACCAAACGACCUAUAAACCUAGAACACAGCCCCACAAAACUAGCGCACCGUGGGCGGUAAGGGUUUCUCUUUCUACCCCCAACGCACCAGGUCCCUCCCUACCGCUCCCACAGACGUUCCGGUGUUGUUACCCGGUGCUCCUGCCCGGUGUGGGUGUUGUUCGCCAGUGCCAGUUCGUCGCGAACGUUCGCCCCCGGCAGGAUGUCGGACUUUGUGCGCGAUAUGCGCAACCACAAGAUAGUGCCGGACGUGGUGCCGGUCCCGCCCGAGAGCCUCCUGCACGUGACCUAUCCCGGCGGGCUGCGCGUCAACCUUGGCAACAUCCUCACCCCGACCGAGGUGAAGCACGUGCCAGAGGUGGCCUGGCCGGAGGCGGAACCGGACGCCUACUACGCGCUCGUGCUGACCGAUCCGGACGCGCCGAGCCGGACGGCGCCCAAGUUUCGCGAAUGGCACCACUGGCUGGUGGUGAACAUACCCGGCAUGGACCUGGCGAAGGGGGACACGCUGUCGGAUUACAUUGGCGCUGCGCCGCCCCGCAAAACUGGCCUCCAUCGGUACGUGUUUCUGCUGUACCGGCAGAACGAGCGGAUCUACUACAAGGAGUCACGGCUCUCGAACAGAAGCACCCAGGGUCGGGGCAAGUUCUCCACGCACAAGUUUUCGGAAAAGUACGAGCUGGGGCUGCCGGUGGCGGGGAACUUCUUCCAGGCCCAGUUCGAUGACUACGUGCCGAAGCUGUACCGUCAGCUGGGACACUUUCAAAACGCAUUCUAAAAGCUGCCAACAGUGCGUAGGAUGAAAGGGAGAGAGAGAGAGAGAGAGAGAGAGAGAGAGAGACAGAGGGAAGAAAGUGCGCAUCAACUUGCGACUAGGGGUCGUUCAACUUUCGGGGUCAGAAGCAGGAUCUUUCUCGCGAUCGGUUGAGAGGAUAAUGAUAAAGUGCGAUGCUCGUGGUCUGCUGCGCAAUAAAAACGCACACAGAUACACACAUUCGCACAGACAGACAGACAGACAGGGACGAACGGUGAAGAAACAGUUCACAGCAUCUGUGAGCUCUGUGGGGAGGAUGAAAGGAUUUGUGAAGUUAUAGCUAAAAAGGAGAGAAAAAAAGCCCAAAAGAGUGGCUGGCAUAGGGCAGGAUACAUAGGCCAUGGGAUGGAAAUGAUCAUCUCGAGAGGGCAGAAUGGCAUACACAACAUACACACAAAGACGUGCUUCGCAGAUCGAUUUAACGUCGGCUCACCUGUGGUGCCGCUGCUGUUGCCAUGGUGCCUUCGGAAGGGAUCUUUGCCACCGAGCGGACAAUUCCGGCGAAGGGCGAAGGCUGCCAGCCUGCUGCUGCAUGCUUCAAGAAUCCUUCGCCGAGCCGAGGAAAGGCAGACAAAAACAAGGAUAAAGCGAAAAGAAAAACGAAAAUUAAUAAAUAGCAAGAAGCGAAGAAGAAAAGCGCAAACAAACAAAGAAAAAAACGGAAGCAGAAGAAACGAUUUUAUGUAAAACAAAGAUCCCCAAAGAUAUGUGGUAGUAUAGGUAGAGUGAUUUAGCAUAUAACGUUGUACGAUCAUCAAGUCAGACAGUCGGAAGAGGUGAAAAAAUAAGAGAAAAACAAGCACUAGCGAAUGUACGUUUGCACGUUGAGGAAGGGCAGUGGAGUGAUGAGAGAGAGAGAGAGAGAGAGAGAGAGAGAGAGAGAGAGAGAGAGAGAGAGAGAGAAAAUACGUCGAUUUUAUUAUUCUUAUUACUGUUUAGUCGCAAGUUCCGGCAAUAGGUUGUAUGUGUUGCCCGAAAGGGCGGUAGCGGUAGGGUAGGAUAAAACGGGGUGCCAGCCUUGCGCUCACACACAGUGCUCACGCUAUGUGUACGUGUAUGUGUGUGUGUGUUGCAGACGAUGGAACUGCGACCUCUUGGAGUGUUCAAUAAAAAUUUGCGACCUCUCCGUGCGCACACGGCAGUGCUGGGCGG